AUGUGGACCUCUCCGGUCUCCAAGCGAGAGGCAUUGGACAAAAAUGCAAGGGACUGGCACAUGGGAACUGACAUGAUGAACGAGGGCAGCCGCCUAUUGGGCAAGAUGCAGGGCUACAUUCAAGGUCACACGCCCCUUGACACGGAGCGGCGGUGCACUGAUUGUCUUUUCAUUCCGUUGUUCUUGACGGCUAUAGUAGGGCUCUGCGUCUGCAUCAGCAACGCAGUGGAAAAGGGAAGCUUCCAGAGACUCACUUCCCUUCCGGAUUACGAAGGCCGCCUAUGCGGCGUGGAUGGGCAGGGGCCGUAUCUCUAUUUCUGCCAACAAGGACAGACUUUGGACCUGCAGCACCAGAUCUGUGUUGAGAGCUGCCCGGUGGACAGCAGCAGCACCAUCUUUUGCCGAGCCACGGGCUCCCAGCAGCCCAGCUACGCUACACACCCUGUGGCUGGCAUGAUCUGCAUGCCUGCGGCCGCCGAGGUCGCAUCUCAGGUGAAACACCUUUUCGACAGCAACCCCUAUGUGAAGACGCUUUUUGACGUGCUGGAGGUCACCUUUGACUGGGAGCAGCUUCUGGUUGCGGCCGUUGUGGCUUCACUGGUCUCUUAUGCCUACCUCUUUUGCAUCUCCCUUUGCGCAUCCUUUCUAGUGUGGCUCUGCCUGAUCCUGCUGGUAGUGGCACCGACUUGCCUUGGUUUGGUCUACGUCUACAUGUCUGCCAGCCCGGAGAUUGUAACUCCUCAGUCCUUUCCUGCCUUGAUCACGACAGGCGACACACGGAACGACCUGAGCCUGGGCCUGUCUCUCUGCGGCCUGGGCGGUCUCCUUGCCUGCGUUGCGAUGGUAAAGGCAAAGACGAUCCAAGCCGCUGUGUCGAGCAUCGAGGAGGCCGCGGACUGCAUCCGUCAAAUGCCCAUCCUGGCCGUGGAGCCUUGGAUCUCAAGCGCAGUGAAACUUCUCUUCUUCAUUCCUGGCGUUCUGGGCCUCUUCAUGCUCAACGUCUCUGGGGAUCUUCCCAAGCAAGUGGACUUCAGCCAGGGCAGCCCAGUUUACACCGGCGACCCUCUGGUGGCCAUCUCCUUAAUCUACUAUUUCGUAGUCUUCAUCUGGAUCAUGGAGCUGCUCCACUCCAUCUCCCAGUUCGUUGUGAUGUUCACAGCUCAGGUUUGGUUUUUCAGGAUGAAGGGCUAUGAGACCAGCUUUUGGGCUCAUUUCACUGCCUACGACAUGCUUUACGGCUUCCUUUACGGACUCAGCUACCACCUUGGCUCGCUUCUCUAUGGAUCCUUCCUCUGCACCCUUUUCCGUGUGGCUCGUAUCUUCGCCUCCUUGCUGGUGAAGGCCUCACAGGAUUCGGGCAACCCUGUGGCCGAGUGUAUCUCCAAGUGCUUCUUGUGCUGUUUGUCCUGUGCCGAGAAGCUCAUGCAGUAUGUCACGAGCCUCGCAUAUUGUGACAUUGUCAUGAACUCUACCACAUACUGUGAGGGUGCCGAGCAUGCAGUACAGAUUGUGAGCGGAAACGCGAGCCAGUUGGUCACUGUGGAGGGCCUGGCGACCAUGUUCUCAUUCGUCGGGUGCGGAGUGUCAUCUGCCGCAACGGCUGCAAUCUGCUGGUUUCUCAGCACAACCUUCAGCCGCUAUAACAGCCCACUAAGCGACCAUUACGUCCCGGACAAGCAGACCCUCGUCAUUUGCUCUGCGGUUAUUGGGGCUGUCAUGGCGGUUCCCUUCAUGCACCUUUUCGACACGAUCUGCGACACCGUCGUCUACUGCAACGCGACAAGCAGCUUCCGCUUGCCAAGUUGGCAGAACUCUGGCGGCGGUGGUGGCGGAUUCUUUGGAUGGUUCACCGGCCACUAA